AUGGUGCGCAACGUGGAUAAUCUGGACUUCCAUCUGCCCUCCCAUGCCCAGGACAUGCUGGAUGGCCUGCAAAGGCUGCGUGCGCUGCCCAAGCUGGUUGAUGUCACGCUGCUGGUGGGCGGUCAGGAGCUGCCCUGCCACCGUGGCCUCCUGGCGCUGAGCAGCCCCUACUUCCACGCUAUGUUUGCGGGCGAUUUCGCCGAGAGUUUCUCAGCACGCGUGGAACUACGGGAUGUGGAGCCGGCCGUGGUGGGGCAGCUGGUGGACUUUGUGUACACUGGCCGGCUGACCAUCACCCAGGGCAACGUGGAGGCACUGACACGCACGGCCGCCCACCUCCACUUCCCCGCAGUGCAGAAGGUCUGCGGCCGCUACCUGCAACAGCAGCUCGACGCCACCAAUUGCCUGGGAAUCUGUGAGUUUGGGGAGCAGCAAGGCCUGAUGGGCGUGGCGGCCAAGGCCUGGGCCUUCCUGCGGGAGAACUUUGAGGCCGUGGCGAGAGAGGACGAGUUCUUGCAGCUGCCCCGUGAGCGGCUGACCACCUGCCUGGCCAGCGACCUGCUGCAGGUCCAGCCGGAACAGAGCCGGCUGGAGGCGCUGCUCCGCUGGGUACGCCAUGACCCACCAACCAGGGCCCCUCACCUACCUGAGCUGCUCGGCCUGGUGCACUUGGACUCCCUGCCUCCGCCCUGUGUGCAGCAGCUACUGACCUCAGAGCCCCUGAUCCAGGCCUCAGAGGCGUGCCAGGAAGCCCUGUCCCGGGGCCAUGGUGAGGUGCUGCUGGCCCCCCCACAGAAGCUGGAAGAGGUCCUGGUGGUGAUGGGUGGGCGGGCGCUGGAGGAGGAUGAGGAAGCUGGGGAGGAGCUCGAAGUCCACUCCGGUAACUUCGCCUUCUAUAACACCAAGGCCAAGCGAUGGAUGGCGCUCCCUGACUUCCCCGACUACCACAAGUGGGGCUUCUCGCUGGCUGCGCUGAACAAUGACAUCUACGUCACAGGUGGUUCCAGGGGCUCACAGACGGACACCUGGUCCACCACGCAGGCCUGGUGUUUCCUGCUGAAGGAGGCGGCCUGGAGGCCCGUGGCACCGAUGCUGAAAGCCCGCACCAACCAUGCCAGCGCCGCGCUCAACGGGGAGAUCUACGCCAUUGGGGGUACUACCCUGGACAUGGUGGAGGUGGAGAGCUAUGACCCCUUCACCAACAGCUGGACACCCGUCAGUCCAGCCCUCAAAUACGUCAGCAACUUCUCAGCCGCCAGCUGCCAAGGUCGCCUCUACUUGGUGGGCUCCAGUGCCUGCAAGUACAAUGCGCUAGCUCUGCAGUGCUACAACCCGGUCACAGAUGUGUGGAGCAUGAUCGCCUCACCCUUUCUGCCCAAGUACCUCUCCUCACCUCGCUGUGCUGCGCUGCACGGGGCCCUCUACCUUAUCGGGGACAACACCAAGAAGGUCUACGUGUAUGACCCCAGGGCCAACCUGUGGAGGAAGGUGCAGCCGUUACACAGCCUACAUGAGAACGGGGCUCUGGUGCCGCUGGGGGACGCGCUCUAUGUGACGGGAGGCCGAUGGCAGGGUAUGGACGGUGAUUACCACGUGGAGAUGGAGGCCUACGACCACGUGCAGGACGCGUGGACCCGCCGUGGCGCCCUGCCCCGCCUCUGGCUCUACCACGGUGCCUCAGCCGUCUUCCUGGACGUGAGGCGGUGGACCCAGCCCUUCGGUGUCGCCCCGCAGAACUAG